AUGAAGUUCACUGCGGGGAUGUGGUGUCUGCAGGAGGGUGUUAGCAUCGAAUGGAUGAGCAACGUGGAGCGAUUCUCGGUUGAAGGCGAAUCGGUCAAUCUACUGCUGAACAAGCUCCAGAGAAGCCGUGGAGAUACCCUAAACUCCCCAACUGUUUCCGCACAGGUCACAUCACCAUCGGAGGGAAUCAUCGGUGUGAAGCUUGUCCAUUGGGCAGGCCAGAACGAUAACGGUCCCCACUACCAUUUGAAUAAGGGCACCGGUCACACUAAAAUACAGCACGACAAGGACACAAACAAACUCAACUACACAAGCGGGCCACUCAAUCUUGCCGUCAACACUGCCGCCAAUGAGCUGAACCUGGAUUUCCGCGCUCCCAACGGCAAGAAGCUUACCGGCCAGUCCUUCCGCUCCAUUGGAUACGUGCGCGAUCAGCGCACCGAGAAGCACCGCUAUGAAGAUGGAAUCUAUGCGGAGCGUCAGGGAUACAUGCUCGCAGGGCUGGACCUUGGUGUUGGCGAGAAAGUAUAUGGACUUGGAGAGCGGUUUGGACCUCUAGCCAAGAACGGACAAACAGUUGAUAUCUGGAACGAGGAUGGUGGCACCUCAUCUGAGUUGGCAUACAAGAAUAUCCCAUUCUACAUCAGCUCUAAGGGAUAUGGCGUUUUCGUCAACCAUCCUGGUAAGGUUAGCUUGGAGGUGCAGUCUGAGCGUACGACUCGCGUCAAUAUCUCUGUGCCAGGUGAGGAGAUUGAGUACUUCGUCGUGUAUGGCGCUACACCAAAGGAGAUCCUCAAUCGGUAUACUUCUUUGACCGGACGCCCGAGUUUAGUCCCUUCGUGGAGUUAUAACCUCUGGCUUACUACGAGUUUCACGACCAACUACGAUGAGAAAACAGUCACUGGGUUCCUUGAUGGAUUCCAUGACCGGGACAUCCCACUGGGAGUCUUCCAUUUCGACUGCUUCUGGAUGAAGUCAUAUCAAUGGUGCGAUUUCGACUUUGACUCAGAGAUGUUCCCCGACGCCUUGGGCUAUCUCAAGCGCCUCAAGGAGCGCGGUCUCCGCAUCAGUGUCUGGAUCAACCCAUACAUCGCGCAGGCAUCGCCACUCUUCGCAGAGGGCAAGAAGAACGGAUACUUCAUCAAGCGUACCGAUGGCUCAGUAUGGCAAUGGGACUUCUGGCAAGCCGGCAUGGCAGUCGUGGACUUCACAAACCCCGCCGCGUGCGACUGGUACAACAGCCACCUAGAGCGACUCAUGGACCUGGGCGUCGACAGCUUCAAGACCGAUUUCGCAGAGCGCAUCCCUGUCAAGGGCAUCCAAUACCACAACGGCGCCGACCCCGAGCGCAUGCACAACUAUUACGCCCUGCUGUACAACAAGGUCGUGUACGAAACGAUGAGCAACCGCAUUGGACACAACCAGGCUCUUCUUUUCGCUCGCAGCACCGCGCCAGGUGGCCAGGCGUACCCCGUGCACUGGGGCGGCGACUGCGAGAGCACAUUCGAAGCAAUGGCAGAGUCGCUGCGCGGCGGGUUGAGUCUCAUGCUGUCGGGUUAUAUCUUCUGGGCGUCUGAUAUUGGUGGAUUUGAGGGCACGCCCCCGCCGGCGCUGUACAAGCGGUGGGUGCAGUUCGGACUGCUAUCGACACACUCACGUCUGCAUGGAUCCUCUUCGUUCCGUGUGCCGUGGAUCUAUGGCGAGGACUGCUCGGACGUGCUGCGAGACUGUGUUAAGCGCAAGAUCUUGCUUACUCCGUAUAUCCUACAGGAGGCGCUGAGGGGCCAUGGGGAUGGCACGCCGCUUAUGAGGCCGCUUUUCUUAGAGUUCCCUGAGGAUCUCAACACGUAUGCGGUUGAUACGCAGUACAUGUUUGGGCCAAAUCUGCUUAUUGCACCGGUGUUCUCAGAGGAGGGCGAGGUUACUUUCUAUGUGCCGCAGUCUUCUGAUGAUGAGGCAGGAAAAUGGGUCUCGUGGUUCGAUCAUUCGAAGUUUUAUGAGUCUGGUCGUUGGUAUACGGAGACUCAUGACUUUGAUACAUUGCCCAUUCUGAUCCGUCCUGGUUCGGUUACAGUCACCAAUCCCACAAUCAAAGCUCCGGAGGACGAUGCCUUGUCGGGAAUUGAGUUGCUGGUCAAUGGACACCUGCGGGGUGAGACUACGGUCGAGAUUGUCAACUCGGCCCAGACAGACGAGAUCCUGAAGACUGUCCGCCUGUCUCCUGCUGCAGAUGGAAAGGUCGAGGCAACCGGCCAUGAUGUGAAAUUGGUGUAUGUUGCCUAA